AAUACAGAAAAAAUCUAAAUCAAUCAACAAUGUCAAAAAUGUCCGGAAAGCGGUUUAAGAAGAAAACUGGCACAAAAUCUGCCAAAAAUCUACCAAAAACUGAUUUGGACUGGUUGUCGAAAAACACACAUUUCUCCCCCGCCAAUAUUGUGGAGUGGCAUAAGGGAUUCCUGGAUGAUUGCCCGGAUGGUCGAAUGAACAGGGAUAAAAUGAAGGAAAUGUUUAAUGCCAUAACUCCUCAGGAUGCUGAUGGCGAGGGUAAGUCUGGAGAACAGUUUCUGGAUCAGCUCUUCAGAAUAUUUGAUAAGGAUGGAGAUGGAAGUAUCGAUUUUAAGGAGUUUAUGAUUGCUACAGAUAUGACAAGUAGAGGGGAUCCAGAGGAAAAGUUGAGAUGGGCAUUCAGAAUGUACGAUAAGGAUGGAUCAGGAGAGAUUGAGAUGGGAGAGAUGGUGGAAAUAUUCUGCCUUAUGUACUCUAUACAGGGAUAUACGGAGGAGGAGGCCACAGAGAGGGCUGAGAAGAUAUUCAAGAGCCUAGACAAUAACGGAGAUGGAACUUUGGAGGAGGAGGAGUUUAUAAAGGGUUGUCUGGCAGAUGAAGAGCUACUGGAGUUGUUAAAUGCUGGCGGAAUUGGCGGAGGUUCACAGUAAAUCCUAUUGUGGUAAUUUACACACACUUGUAUGCCGAUUACAUAUUAGCGCCUAAACCAAUCAGGGUUUUGCCAUGUGUUUGUUGUCUAUUCUGAACCAAUAGAAAUGGUAUGGCGGUAAUAUCUAUCUUGCUAUCUAUCUCAGUAUCCAAUUAGAGAUAUGAAUUCUUUUAAUCGGCACUAACAGUAAAUGGAAAUAAUUACUUCUACUGAAUAAAUAGUCUUUUUCCAUGCA